UCAAGCUGAAAAAGCUUUGUUACUAAUCCUCAUGGACCUUGCCUAUAGAGAUCGGGUUUUAUCCAGGUUACUCUCAUGCAUAACUACCAUCAUUCUUCUAUUUGGGAGUGUCCUAGCUUUAGCAAAAACUGGCGUGGACGAGACCGAUCGGCUUGCUUUGCUGGAAUUCAAGGCCCGAGUGGUCGAUCCUGGCAGGGUUUUGAGCUCGUGGAAUGAUACUGUCCACUUCUGCGAGUGGUAUGGUAUUGCAUGCGGUCAUAGACACCGGAGAGUCACGGUAUUGGACCUCCACUCCAAGAAUCUGUCUGGGGCCAUGCCGCCACAUAUUGGUAACUUGAGCUUUUUGAGGGAAGUCCAUCUACAGAACAAUAGUUUCAGCUCUGAAAUUCCCCCACAAUUCGGGCGCUUGUUUCGGUUGCAGAAAUUGUUCCUAAAUAACAACUCAUUUAGCGGACAAAUCCCUUCGAAUCUCUCCCGUUGCUCUAAUUUGCUCUUUCUUCACUUAGGCUUCAAUGCCCUCGAAGGAAAUUUGCCUACAGAACUCAACUCCUUGUCCAAGCUCCAAGUACUCAUACUUGAAGUCAACAGCUUGACGGGAAACAUUCCGCUGUCCUUUGGAAACUUAUCCUCUCUUCAAGUCUUCACAGUACUGUUAAAUAACCUCAAUGGUGUGAUCCCAGAAACUCUUGGCCAGUUGAGAAAUUUAAAUGUCCUCGUUCUCGGCGUAAAUAAAUUUGUCGGUACGAUUCCUAUCUCAAUUUUCAAUAUAUCCACUCUAACAUCCCUUGAUGCAGCUGAAAACCAAUUAGAGGGGGGCUUGCCUAGUGACUUAGGCUUCACUCUUCCAAAUCUCAAGGGAAUCGGGAUGAGCGACAACUUCCUCACUGGACCCAUUCCUGAGUCAAUAUCGAAUGCCUCUAAUCUUGGUCAAAUCGAAAUUGUGUUGAACAAUUUUACCGGGAAAGUUCCUUCUUUCUCAAAGAUGAGAGGACUGUAUUGGUUUAGUAUUGGCCAAAACAACUUAGGAAGUGGACAAUCUGGUGAUCUUGAUUUCCUCUGCUCUUUAACCAAUUCCACAAACUUGGAAAUACUUUCCAUAGAGAGCAAUGCUUUUGGAGGACCAAUCCCUGACUGCAUCGGUAACCUCUCUAUUACCCUUUUGCAGUUUGGGUUAAGUUACAAUAAUAUUUCUGGAACCUUACCUUCUGGAAUUGGAAAUCUCAUCAAUUUGGAGUAUCUACAUAUGUGGGGCAAUAACAUCUCAGGAGACAUUCCUUCGGAGAUCGGAAAUCUGAACAAACUGAAGGAUUUGGAUCUCAACCAAAAUAAUUUCUCAGGGCAAAUACCAGAAUCCAUUGGCAAUUUGAGGAAGUUAAUCAAAUUGAACUUGAAGAGCAAUAAUCUCCAAGGCUCAAUACCGUUGUCUCUAGGAAACUGUCAGAAUCUAUUGCUCUUAGACCUUGCGACCAAUGACCUUAGCGGUUACAUACACUCAGAAAUUAUGAGCCUCUCAUCUUUGUCGAUUUAUCUCGACUUGUCUCAAAAUAGCUUGAUUGGGUCCCUUCCAGCAGAAGUUGGAAACUUGAAAAAUCUUGGCGAAUUAUAUCUUUACGAGAACAAAUUAUCUCAGCAGAUUCCAAGCAGUAUUGGUAGUUGUGUAUCUAUGCAACGUCUAUUUUUGCAAGACAACUUCUUGGAAGGGCCUCUCCCAUUGACUAUGAGUUCCAUGAGAGGCCUUCAGGUUAUGAAUGUUUCCAACAACCGACUUUCUGGCCAAAUCCCAAAAUUUCUAGGGUCACUGAAUUUGACGAAUUUGAGCUUAUCUUAUAACGAUUUCGAGGGUGCAUUGCCUAUAGGAGGAGUUUUCAAAAGUGCCAUUUCAACUUCAGUUGUUGGAAACAAGAAACUUUGCGGGGGGCUACCUAAUUUUCAACUUCCACCUUGUGACUACAAAGAGACAAAACAAACGGGAAUAAGCAAAACUGCAAAAAUUCUCAUAUCCAUGGCCUUUGCUCUCGUAGGAGUAACCUGCAUACUUUCUUUGUCAUACUUCUUUUGGGGUAGACACAAUAAGAAAGCAUCAACAUCAAGCUCUUCUAAAGAUGGGCUUUUGCAAGUUUCUUAUCACAAUCUACUGAAAGCGACGGGUGGAUUCUCCUCCACCAAUCUGCUUGGUGUGGGCAGUUUUGGGUCCGUGUAUAGAGGAAUUCUUGAUCAAACCCAGUUGAUUGUGGCCAUCAAGAUUCUUGACCUUACUCGUCAUGGAGCUUCCAAGAGCUUCAUAGCUGAGUGUGAGGCCUUGAGAAGAAUCCGACACCGUAAUCUUGUGAAGGUAAUCACGGCAUGUUCUGGGUUUGAUUUUAAUGGCAAUGAUUUUAAAGCACUAGUCUAUGAAUUCAUGUCGAACGGGAGCUUGGAUGAUUGGUUGCACCCAACUACAUCGCAAUAUACAGCCAGAAGCAAGUUGAGUCUACUUGAGAGAGUAAACAUUGUCAUUGAUGUUGCUUGUGCACUAGAUUAUCUCCAUCAUCACUGUGAAAUGCCAAUAAUUCAUUGUGAUCUUAAGCCAAGCAAUGUCCUUCUCGACAAUGAAAUGAUUGGACAUAUAGGUGAUUUCGGCCUUGCUAGGUUCCUCCCAGAAGCAACACAUAAGUUACUAGUCGAUCAAUCUAGCUCUAUUGGAGUAAAAGGAUCUUUUGGCUAUGUGGCUCCAGAGUACGGUGUGGGAAGUGCAGUAACCACAGAAGGGGAUGUGUAUAGCUUUGGUGUCCUUGUUUUGGAGAUGUUCACAGGCAAGAGGCCGACCGAUGACAUGUUUGAAAAUGGGCUGAACCUUUAUGGCUUCGCAAAGGCAGCUCUGGUAGACAGAGUGGAAAAGGUAAUCGAUCCUGUUCUACUUCAGGAAAACCACGAGGCGGAGAAGAGACAAGCCGUCGCUCUGAAUGGAAAGAACAAAAGCUGGUUCAGUACUUUGGAGUGUUUGGCUUCAAUCAUCGAACUAGGAGUCAAUUGCUCUUCCGAGUCUCCAAAAGAACGAAUGGACAUGGGCAAUGCAUUGACUAAACUCCAAGGAAUCAAGAAGAAACUUCUUGAGUUCAUCGCCAAUGCCUAGUUGAUGUAAAAUCUGAACUUCAUAUAGAGUCAUGUGGUCUUCAUGGUCAUUGCUUUGUCUAGACUAGGACGUGGAAUUUGGCCAAAUUUGGCCAUUCGUAGACAAUUUGAAUCUGGGGAGAGCAAAACUACAAGUGAUGGAGACUAUUGGCUUAGCAACCCAAGGAAGACCAAAAUAUUUUAUGUUGUUUCAAGCAAAAGAUCACCGUCCUUCAGCUGUGUGAAAAAUAAAUGUACUUUGUUUUGCUUUAGCAUAAAAGAUAGAAAUGUAUCCUGUUUGAGAGUUGCACCAAGAAAAUGUAAUA